UUAGUAAAGUUACAUUGUCUAUUGGCUUAGUCACUAGUUAUCUUCACUAAUGGAUCAAAUUUCUAAUGCAUUAAGCUACGUGAUUUUUACUAAUCCUAUAAGUGCUACGGUUGGCGAUUUAGUAAAAACAUCUGCAACAUCUAUUAUCACUUACUCUGGAUUGACUCCUAAAGUAGAACCUAAAAUGAUACCACCUGAACCUUUGUGGAAACUUGCAGCAUCUGCUGGACCAUAUCUAAGACUGGCAGGAAUCAGUGGAGCUUCUGCAGUCAUUCUUGGCGCUUACGGAGCUCACAAAGAGUUCAAGGAUGAGCAGCUGAAACAAGUAUUUGAUACCGCAAAUCGAUAUCACUUUUAUCAUUCCCUAGCUAUGAUUGGAUUAUCUUUAUGUAGAAAGCCAUUUUUGACUGCUACACUUUUACUGUCAGGCAUGGUGAUGUUUAGUGGUACCUGUUAUUAUUAUGCAUUUACUGGAGAUAGACGUUUCAGUAUGAUUACUCCUUAUGGAGGCAUAUGUUUCAUUCUCGCUUGGUUGAGUAUGUGUAUCUAAAUAGUUUUAAUGCAAAUAUCACAUAAGUACGUAUUUUUUAAAAUAAUGUAUCGUACGUUUUAUUACGUAUAAAUAUGUAAGAAUGUUAUUAAAGAUAUAUUGAAAACAUAA